AACAAAGGGGGCGGCCUGAGCUCAGCCUUCCAGGCGGCCGCUAUUUGCACCGCCGGAGACGAAGCGGAGCCAGCAGUGACGGCGGGUUACGCGGCUCCCAGCGGAGUAUUUCUUCUCAGAACCUCGCGCCAGUUGCGGCCGUCGCCAUGUCCAUCGCCAGCCUCUGCCGCCCUCACCACCCCGCUCAGGGGCCGACGCUGGGCAGGGAUAUCCCCGGCCCUGCCAAGCGGGUUAUCCUGCCCGAGGGAGUCCCGCUGCCUAUCGGCGACUACAGCACCACGCCCGGCGGCACCGUCUUCGGGACCACGCCGGGCGGUACGCGCAUUAUUUAUGACCGUAAAUUUUUAAUGGAGUGUCGGAAUUCCCCAGUUGCCAAAACGCCACCUUGCCAUCUUCCAGAUAUUCCAGGCGUUACAAGUCCAGCUGUCCAAAUCCUUGGGACCGAGACCAAUCUCAUCCAUGCUGAGGAGGAGAAAUCAGGCGUAGGUGAGGAAGCCCAGUUUGACAUGGAUAUCUAAAAACCUGUCCCCUGAUACAUACUGUUUUUCCAGUGAAGAUGAGAAAUCAGUAAUGCUUCCAAAACAAGUGAGGCUUGUAGAAUAGCCAGCACUUUGCAAAGCUUUCCAAGAUGGAAGGUCCAUUUUUUUUUUUUUUUACUGGGAGGAAGAGGAGAUUUCCUGUUACAAAAGGACUGAAAACGCUUGAUAGGUUCCUCUGUCACUGCCAGUGAGGAGCGUUGGCAUGGAGAGAUGGAAUGCUCUGCGCAACUUCUGGGCCUUCAGUUGUGUCUUUGUUCAUGAAUAUCAAUGCUGUCAAGCAAGGGACUGAAUGCAAGGUCAGAGAUAAAAUCAUGCUGGAUCUAGGGGAUUAAUACAGUGGGGGGUCACUUUAAUUCACAUCUCCUAUGCAAAGUACUCUACUUAUAUCAUCACUCUUCACAAGAGAUGAGAAACUGAUGCUAUGUGUAAAUAAGUUGUUUCUAUAUGUUAAAAAAUCAUCUUUUUGCCUUAAGCUUUUCUGUAGCACUAGCACCAAUCCAGCAUGGGUGGCUUGAUAACUUCUACAAAUAAACUGGGAGAGGAGGCAGCCUGGCUAUAGGAGAGGAAAAAAGCUUGUUCAGUCAGUUUUCCUGUAGCUACUUUCCCUGGUACCAUACAAAUCAAUGGUCUGGUAAAAUUGACUAGAUAAUAUCAGGAGGCUCUGAUCAAUUUCACUCUGAAAGGAGCAUUUCUUUCAAAUAAUAAUAAUAAUUCCUGAAUGUGUUGGAGAAGGCAAGUGCGCAUUCUUCAAAGAAAAGUGGAUUUUCAAAACCUAAGGAGACAUUCUUGAAAGUGUUGCUGUGGGAAAGCGGGUAGCCUUACACUGUCUUUCUUCUUAAUUUUUAAAGGGCUACAUAAAAAAAUUCGUGUAAAUCUGUACACGUCCUUCACUGUUCUUUAAAAUAAAGAAAUAAAAAUUCUUGAAAUUGCUCUGA